AUGGGCCACGGUGGCAACUCCGCUCACCACACGAACGGCUGUGUUGAUAGCAGCACACAUACCAAUGCCAACACAAACGUGAGUGGCAAUGCGGACACCAACAGCACUGCAACGUCCAAGACGAAGGCCGCAGACGACAAGACCUACAGCCUGUGCCCUCGGGUGUACUUUAAGCAAUUCCAUGAGGCACGGAUACCCACCAAGACACCACACAUAAGAUCGAUCGAAUUCCAAUUUCAAUACCAUCGUCUGACACCAGAAAGAUACAACGUCUACAAAAGAUACAUCGACGCAGCGUAUGGCAUAAGCAACGCCAUCGAGCGAAAUAUGCACAACUGGUGCCAGGAGCAGCUGCGUCAAGGCAACCGCGUCUCGCGUCGUCAGGUCUUGGCGAAUAUCCGAACGAUCGACGAGCGCCUGGAUGUCCUCAAGGAGCAAUUCGAUUGGGAGAUUAUGGAUCUCGAAAGGGCUGAGGCUGAGAGUCUGAGGCGCAGACUUGAGAGUUGCAGAUCUAGACAUGAGGGUUGGAUGUAG